AAACAAAUUUUUAAAAUACUGACUUUAAAAAUUUGUUUUUUGGUAAAAUACUGUUAGUAAACGAGACUACAACGUUUGUAGACGAUUUGUUGAACGAUGCAUUGCCCGCAUUCAGUGCACUGACACAAGGUCAUCGGGCGGCAAGCCUACUCAACCGACCAGUCCUGGAUAACAGUGUUAUAAUCAGCAUUGAUAUUGCUUUCAAACGACAAAACAACGACGACCGUCAGACUGUUAGUACGUCUCGAAUUUUUAAACAAUAUAAUUCAAAAAAAUGGUGGUCUUUAACGCUCGAGGCUUGAUGCCACCGGUGUUCACACCACUUAACAAUGACCAUACCAUAAACUUUGCGGCGAUACCAGAAUAUGCUAAGUACCUUGCAAAUGCUGGCAUCAAAUCCGUCCUUGUUGGUGGUACGACUGGGGAGCACAUGUCCUUAAGCGUUGAUGACAGGAAAAAAGUAAUAGAUGCCUGGGUAAAGGUUGCUAAGACCACCGGUCUUCAUAUACAAGUGCAAGUCGGUGGUGCUCCGUUGCAAGAUGUCUUGGAUUUGGCCUCGUAUUGCCAAAAUGUGGGAGCAAAUUCGCUUUUAACUCUACCUGAGUUGUACUUCAAGCCGGAUAGUGUGGAUUCCCUGGUGGACUACGUGGAGCUGGUUGCUCAGGCUGCGCCCAACCUGCCUGUACUCUAUUAUCAUAUACCGAGCAUGAGUAAAGUAGAAAUGAACAUGCCAGCGUUUGUAACUAAGGCAACAUCGCGUAUUCCCAACUUCAAGGGCAUUAAGUUCACAUCAAACGACUUGAGUGAAGGCGCGCAAGUGUUGAGGGCGCUGAAGGAUGGGCAGGAAAUGUUCCUCGGAGCUGACACUUUGAUCGCGCCAGCGGCAUUACUAGGCAUAAAGUCCAGUAUCGGCACCACUUGGAACUUGUUCCCGAGAUUAGCUCAAGACAUACUGGAAGCGGUGGAGGGGAACAACGUUGCCAAAGCGAGGUCUUUGCAGGAAAAGCUCAGCCUGGCGAUUGAAGCGCAUACAGUUGAAGGUCCAUGGGUACCCAUAAUGAAGGCAGGUAUGGAAAUAGUUUCCGGAAUAAAAGUCGGCCCGCCAUCAUUGCCGCAGAAACCGAUUUCUGAUGAAGCGAGAAAAAGAAUCGAAAAUAGAUUAAGAAAACUUGAAAUUAUUAACUGAAGCCACAUUGCUGAUAAUAAAAGUGUAAUAAACUGUUUACUAUUGGUUUAAUUGGCAAUUAUAAAAAUCUUCACACUA